GUGGCAGUUGCGAUUAAAGCAUGUGAUCCUGCCUUCAUUGUAGAUAAUACGAAGCUGCGAAAAUGGCGGACGAACAGGAAUUACGGCAACUGGAGUUGCUUUGCAAGCAGUUGUAUGAAUCACAAGAUUCUACUCACCGUGCAGAAGCAGAAAAGGCACUUGUUGCUUUCCAAAAUGCACCGGAUACACUUACAAAGUGCCAACUGCUACUCGAGCGAGGGGAUUCUGCAUACGCUCAAUUAUUGGCAGCCACAACAUUAACAAAACUGGUUUCUCGUUCAGCUGGACUUAGUUUACAACAAAGGCUUGAUAUACGGAAUUAUGUCCUCAACUAUUUAGCAACUCAACCAAAAUUACCAAACUUUGUGAUACAAGCUUUGGUUACAUUAUUUGCUAGGAUAUCAAAGCUUGGCUGGUUUAAUACUGAUAAAGAUGAGUUUGUCUUUAGAAAUGUUGUCAGUGAUGUAGCAAAAUUUCUUCAGGGUUCAGUGGAACACUGUAUGAUAGGAGUCCAAUUACUUUCACAAUUGACCUGUGAGAUGAAUCAAGUAACAGAUGAUGAAAACAGAUCUCUUACAAAACAUAGAAAAAUUGCUGGUAGCUUCAGAGAUACACAACUGUUUGAAAUAUUUAAGUUAUCGUGUACUUUAUUAAGUACAGCGCGUGAGAAUUGUAAAAAUUUAAAUUUUAAUGAUGAAGCACAGCAUGGUCUGAUCAGACAGCUUUUAAAAUUGGCACAGAAUUGCUUAACAUUCGACUUUGUUGGAACAUCAGCAGACGAAAGUUCCGAAGAUCUCUGUGCAAUACAAAUUCCAAACUGUUGGAGACCUAUGUUUUUGGAUUCCACAUCAUUAAAACUCUUCUUCGACUUAUAUCAUAGCUUACCUACGACACUAUCAUCUCUAGCCCUUUCGUGUUUGGUUCAAAUAGCAUCUGUCAGAAGGAGUUUAUUUUCUAAUCCAGAAAGGGCACAAUUUCUAACACAUUUAGUUAAUGGUGUAACAAACAUUAUACAGAAUCCACGGGGCCUAAGCGAUCCCGCGAAUUACCAUGAGUUUUGUAGACUAAUCUUAAGGUUAAAAAGCAACUUUCAACUGGGGGAACUGAUUUUACUUGAACAUUAUCCAGAAGAUAUACAAUUAAUCGCGAAAUUUACAGUUCAAAGUUUACAAAUGUGGCAAUUUUCGCCGAACAGCUUACAUUACCUUUUAACGCUAUGGCAAAAGAUGGUGUCGUCUUUGCCUUAUUGUAAAGGGGGAGAUCGACAUUUAUUGGAUAUAUAUACACCAGAAGUUGUAAAUGCAUAUAUUACUUCAAGAUUCGACUCUGUCGCGGUAGUAGUUAGGGAACGUUUAGAAGAUCCACUUGAUGAUUUAGGAGUAGUGCAUCAACAAUUGGAGCAGAUAUCGGUAAUUGGAAGGUGCGAAUAUCAAAAAACUUAUGCCUUGUUAAUACAACUCUUCGAUCAAGCCGCGCGCGCGUACCAAGAAUUAAUGACUCAAACAUCAUCUCCAACUACGCGAAUGGAUAUUACUAUACGUGAGGGUCAACUAACAUGGCUCGUGUACAUUAUAGGUGGUGUUAUCGGUGGAAAAGUAAUAUUCAACAAUAACGAAGAGUACGACGCGAUGGACGGGGAAUUGGCCUGCAGAGUGCUUCAGUUAAUGAACUUGACUGACUCGAGACUUGCACAAGGUGGCUGUGAAAAAUUGGAGUUGGCAAUGUUGAGCUUCUUCGAACAGUUUCGUAAACUAUACGUAGGAGAACAAGUUCAAAAGAAUCCUAAAGUGUAUAGAAGACUGUCGGACGUUUUAGGAGUGAACGAUGAAUCUAUGAUACUCGGUAUUCUUAUUCGGAAAAUAAUAACAAAUUUGAAAUAUUGGGGUCGCAGCGAACAAAUUAUUUCGAAAACAUUGCAGUUAUUGAAUGAUCUUUCUGCGGGUUUUAGCUGUGUUCGCAAACUUGUAAAACUAGAAGAAGUACAAUUCAUGCUCAACAAUCACACAGGAGAGCACUUUCCAUUUCUGGGAAAUAACGUUCCUGUAUCAGAAAUGCGUUGUAGAUCGAUGUUCUACACAUCCUUGGGUAGAUUGUUAAUGGUAGACUUAGGAGAAGAUGAGGAAAGGUUUCACACUUUUAUGUUACCCUUAACAGGUGCGUUAGAAAGUUUGGGUCAAUUGAUGGGUGCUGCUGAUCCUUCACUUUUUGCAGCAGAGGAAGCGAAAAAAGCUUUGAUUGGUUUAGCAAGAGAUUUAAGAGGCUUAGCUUAUGCAUUUAACACAUCCACAUCGUACAUGAUGCUGUUUGACUGGAUAUAUCCAAACUAUUCACCAAUUUUAUUACAUGCCGUAGAAUUAUGGCAUUACGAACCACAAGUCACAACACCCGUCCUAAAAUUAUUCGCCGAAUUAGUACAAAAUAGGAGUCAACGAUUACAAUUCGAUGCAUCUUCUCCGAAUGGAAUUUUAUUAUUUCGUGAAGCUAGUAAAGUGAUAUGUAGUUACGGUAAUCGAAUAUUGAAUGUUGAAGUUCCAAAGGAUCAGAUAUACCCUUUAAAACUGAAAGGGAUAAGUAUAUGCUUCAGUAUGUUAAAAGCAGCUUUAUGUGGGAAUUAUUUGAAUUUCGGAGCGUUCAGAUUGUAUGGUGACGAGGCAUUGGAUAAUGCACUUAAUACAUUUGUAAAACUACUUCUUAGUAUACCACUGAGUGAUUUACUGGAUUACCCAAAGUUAUCCACAACAUACUACGUGUUACUUGAAUGCUUGGCACAGGAUCAUAUGGUUUUCCUCUCUACCCUUGAACCCAGAGUUUCUUUGUAUAUUCUAUCAAGCAUCAGCGAAGGCCUUACAGCACUAGGUGCGCAAAAAGACUCCUAUACAGAUACAAUGAUUUGUACUGGCUGCUGCACUACUCUUGAUCAUAUUGUGACAUAUUUAUUUAAACAACUUUACCCGAAAGGAAACUAUGCAAGGAGGAAAAAUGCUGUAGUUCCAGGAGGUGGAGAUUUAUUUCUACAAGUUCUAAAACAACAUCCUGAGAUUCUUCAGCAAAUAUUAAGUACAGUUUUAAAUGUGAUAAUGUUCGAAGAUUGUAGAAAUCAAUGGAGUAUGUCGCGUCCUCUUCUGGGAUUAAUUCUUUUAAAUGAAGAAUAUUUUAACCAAUUACGAGAAAAUAUUAUUAGAAGUCAACCAGUUGAUAAGCAGGCAACAAUGGCACAGUGGUUUGAGAAUUUAAUGGAAGGGAUUGAAAGGAAUUUACUUACAAGAAAUAGAGAUAGGUUUACACAAAAUUUGUCGUUGCUUAUAAAAGAUAUAAAUGAUACCUUGAAAGGACCUUAUUCAUCUGCAAAUGUUUCCAAUGAUAUGAUGACACUGCAGUGA